GUAGCUGGUGUAAUUUUCUCUGCAACACAAGUUGGGAGUGAGGGAUGUGAAGUUCCGCUGUCCCAGCCGAGUACUACUAAAAACUAAAAAGAGGGACGAACAAUAGAUAUGAGAUGGCAGGAGGGCGGAUACAAUCGAACAGCGCAGCAGAGAAGGCAGAUCGAACAACUGAGGCUUAUAUUCCGUUUCAUCCAUUCAAACAAUGAGUAUUUUUCAAUUAUGUGGAUUAUAGUUUGAGCGGAUGGAGAAUCUCUCAGAUGUAAACGAAGCUCUGCUAAAAAGGUCUUUAGAUCCUUCACUUGAGUACCGUCAGAAUGGUGUUUUCAAGCGAAGGAGAUUUUGCCGGACCAGAAGCGCCCCUCUCGUAGAUUACUUGCGUGCAGAAGUAAAUGGCAGUGUUUCUAAUCAAUAUUCUGAAUCCUUAGAUUAUACUUUGCGUCCAAGUCUCAAAAAAGUAGCUGCAUAUUUGUCAAUUUAUCUUGGUGUUGGCACUAUUUGCUUUUAUGCAAUCAGAUAUCAGAUAAGUGGCAAAAAAACUAAUCCUAUAGUUGAUGCUCUUUAUUUCUGUAUGGUCACUAUGACCACAGUUGGGUACGGAGACCUUGUUCCCAAGAGUUCCCUUGCAAAGCUUCUUGCUUGUGCUUUUGUCUUCUCUGGGAUGGCUUUGGGUGGAUUGAUUCUGAGCAACGGGGCAGAUUACCUUGUGGAGAAGCAGGAGGCACUGGUUGUUAGAGCUCUGCACAUGCGUAAAAAAAUGGGUCCAAGCGACAUUAUAAAAGAAAUCGACGCGCACAAAACUGGGUACAAGUUAGUUUUGGUCCUUGUAUUUCUCGCGAUACUCUUCAUUUCUGGAACAAUCUUUUUAAAUCUGGUUGAGGGGCUGGAUUUCAUUGAUGCAUUUUACUGUGUUUGUGUGACUAUUUCUACACUGGGUUAUGGAGAUCGCAGUUUCUCAACUGAGGGCGGCCGUAUAUUUGCAGUUUUGUGGAUUCUUACAAGCACAAUAAGUUUAGGUCUGUUCUUUCUUUACAUUGCUGAACUCAACACUGAAAAGAGACGAAAAGCCUUAGUCAAGCGUGUCCUUAAUCGGCCACUCACUAAUGUGGAUCUUGAGGCAGCUGACAUUGACGAAGAUGGAACAGUUGGUGCUGCAGAGUUUGUUUUGUAUAAGCUGAAAGAGAUGGGGAAAAUUACUCAAGAAGAUAUAUCACUUGUUUUGGAAGAAUUUCAGGUGUUGGAUAUUGAUCAAUCCGGGACCUUGUCUUUGUCCGACAUAACCUUGGCUCAGUCUUCUGCCACACAAGUCGCUCUACAAACUUCUGACAAGAAGGCACCCCCUUAACGCAGUUGCAAGUAUUUCUGAGUUCAGUCGGAGUAAAUAAGGAUUGCAGGUAUUCUUGUUUUUUGAACUCAGUGGUCUGCAACAUGCAUAACUAGGGUUUUAUUUCAGCCGAGAAGAGAUCUACAUCCCCCCCCCAUCAAUGAACUACUCCCUAAAUCAGUAUGGGUUUGGCUUGUACCAGAGUUUUUUUUUUUUUUGUAAAAUUAUAAUGUGUAUAGUGGGAGAACUAAUUAUAUAAUUAUAGUUGGCUCCAUUAUUCAUCUGAAAAUAGUACUCCCUCCGUCCCGCUAUAUUCGUCCACUUUUGACUUUUGGAACUGUUCAUCUA